CACUGUCGUGGCGAAAUUUUGGCCAUCACUGCCUCUUUCUGUUGACAUUAUAUAAUGACAGCAAAAAAUAAGGUUAUGUAACGUUCUUUUUUGCCCAAAAACUGGAAAAAAGGGGCCCAGACCCCCCCAAAAAAAUGUCCACGCGUAUCAAACGCAAACACAGGAUGUCUUUCUGGGACAAAGUUGACAUGGAAGUGCUUGAAGCCACGUCUGAAACGUUCCGAAUUGAAGUGGAUAAGGCCUUUCAGACGUUCCUUGCAGAUGGGGGCGCUAAAGAAUACUCGUUUCCGACGAAUUUAAAUAAUUUUGAACGCAAACAUAUUCAUCAGAAAGCUGCAAGUUAUAAUUUAGUGUCUCGGAGUCAUGGCAAGGACCCCAAUCGCGUUAUUACGAUUUAUAAGAAAGGGGCAAAGUCAAAUUUCGAGUCGUUUUACAUUGAUUUAACCCCGGAAACUGUACGCGAGCUGGAUAAGACGCUCCAGGUGGUGGGGAUGUCCCCAAUGGGGGCGCCCCCUCUCCGGUGGACUUGCCGCGAUAAAGUCUUCGGGAAGUUGUCGCUGGGGGUUCCACCCCCGGUGACAGCCCCCCGACUGACUCCCCAGAUCGCCGCCUUCCGUAAACAACUCCCCAUUUACGAUUUGCGACAAGUGAUUGUCUCCAAAGUGCGAAAAAAUCGCGUCUUGAUCGUGUCUUCGGAGACAGGUUCGGGGAAAACCACCCAAAUCCCCCAAUUUAUAAUGGAUGAUGCCCUCCAAAGGGGCGAACCGUGUCGUAUUUUAUGCACACAACCACGUCGCAUUUCCGCCGUCUCGGUCGCCGAGAGGGUGUCUUUCGAGCGGGGGGCCCCCUUGGGCGAGACAGUGGGGUACCACAUCCGACUCGAGUCAAAAGUGGGCUCCAAUUGUAACCUAAUCUAUUGCACGAAUGGGGUUUUGGUGCGGAGUCUCAUGUCGGGCAUGGGGGCCCUGGGGACCCUCACGCACGUUAUCAUCGACGAGGUGCACGAACGGGACAAACUGUCCGAUUUUUUGCUCAUUUGCUUGAGGGAGAGUCUGAGGAAGGGGGCCCCCAUUAAGUUGCUUCUGAUGUCUGCCACUAUUAACGUGGAGAAGUUCCAGCGGUAUUUUGAGGGGGCUGAGGUGUUGGCGGUGCCGGGGAGGUUGUUUGCGAUUAGGGAAUUUUUUCUGGAUGAUGUGCUGGAGUUGACUGGCUAUGAUGCUGUAGUGAGGGAAAAAAGGAAUUUUUUUGAGGGGGCUGUCGGGGAGAAUCCCCUGUUUGAUGAGGUUAUUAUGAGGGUGCUGCAAGGGGGCAUUGACAAUGAGCAGAAUUGGGCACAAUUAUUACAGUUUCUUUUGACUGAUAUGCCGGUGAAUUACCGACAUUCGGAAAAUGGGGCGACGGCUUUAAUGGCAGCUGUGAGUCAGGAUAAUGUCGAUAUGGUGGAGAAGUUGUGCAGUUUGGGCGCUGACCCUCACAUCCCCUCAAAAAGCGGCCAGACCGCGCUCUCCAUCGCCGAAAACAAGCACCUGGAGGAGAUCCUCCUCAUCCUCAACGUGACCUCCCGUCCUCUGUUACCACGCGAGGACCUUCUCACGAAUUAUUACAAAACUUGCGCUGAUGAAGACAUCAACUAUGACCUCCUCAUCCGUCUGAUUUACACCAUCCAUCUUCAGUACCACACCGGCGCCAUUUUGGUGUUUUUGCCAGGCUAUGAUGAUAUAAUGAUCUGUAAUGAUCGCCUGUUGGAGACCAACAUUGAUAAAAACUCAUACCGGGUGUUUUUCCUCCACGGUUCAAUGAAUAUCAAGGAACAGCAUGAGGUGUUUAAACCGUUCCCUGAUAAUGUAAGGAAGAUUAUUUUAUCGACGAAUAUUGCUGAGACGAGUUUGACCAUUGAUGAUGUGGUUUAUGUUGUCGAUUGUGGCAAAGCUAAAGUGCAAACGUAUGACUCGUGCAGCGGUCUCUCCUCCCUCCAAACCCAAUGGAUCUCCAAAGCCUGCGUCAAACAGCGCGCAGGUCGUGCAGGUCGCACCCAAUCAGGUGUCUGCUUCCACCUCUUCUCACGCACUCGUUACGACUCGUUCUUAGACGAACGCAUUCCCGAAAUAUUACGAGUACCACUUGAGGAACUCUGCCUUAAUACUAAAUCUCUAGCUGAUAACAUAUCCAUCUAUAACUUCCUUGUAAUGGCGCCCGAUCCGCCAUCUUCCAACACCGUCAAAACCGCAAUCGAAAAUCUCGAAUGUCUCGGCGCACUUGAUAAAGAAGAACGCCUUACACCUCUAGGAGAAUAUCUAAGCCAACUGACCAUCGAACCCCAUUUAGGAAAAAUGCUCAUCUAUUCGGCCAUUUUCAAGUGUUUGGACCCGAUUUUGACAAUUGUGGCAUCGUUGGCCCAAAAGGACCCGUUUCAGCUCCCACCACAAGCCAAUCUUCGGAGUUUUGCCGCUGAAAAGCGCAAAAGUCUCACUGCCAACACCUACAGUGACCAUAUGGUCUACCUGAAGGCUUUCAUCAAAUGGCAGGAUUCGGUAAAGUACCGAAAAGAGCGGAAUUUUUGCCGCGAAUUUUUCAUAAGUCCCUCCACCAUGGAGACAAUACUUAAGACAAGGUCGCAACUUUUGGGACAAUUGCGUGCUGCUAAGUUUGUGCCGUCGAAUGGUACUUCAAUGGUGGCCUUGAAUACGAAUUCCGAGAAUUGGCCCUUGGUUAAGGCUGUUAUUUCGUCGGGACUUUACCCGAAAUUGGCGUUUAAGAAAGGGGCGAAUUUUUGCACAAGGACGGAAAAAAAAGUACUGGUGCAUAAUACGAGUCCGAUGAGUAAGGAUUUGCCCUUGUGGUUGGUUUAUGACGAAAUGGUCAAGGUCAGGAAUGGGCAUCAGGUUAGGGGAGUCACACCGGUAACACCUGUUACGAUAUCGUUAAUGUGUGGCAUAAAAGUCACCUAUCCAAUGCAAAAUUAUCUCGAAAUUGAUGAAUGGCUCGAAUUCGAAUUUCCCUCCCCUCACAUUAUCAAUCUUCGUCGUUUAAUCGAAACAAUAAUCGAAAAAAAACUCCUCAACCCCACCAACAUUCUCAGCGAAAACGAAGAGUUGGCGAUGAUCGCCCUCUCCAAAAUCCUGAUUUACGAAGACAGGGCUGCCAAACUCGAAAUUCCGGUGGGAAUUCGCCAAAAACCCCGAUUUUUCGAACUGAAUCGAGCGCUCGAUUACGUCGAAAAUCGGGGCGCUUUCGGGGGACCCUCCACCUCGGGAGCCCCAAAUAUGGCCCCCAUGCACCCCCAGUACGAAAAUUCCGUUUUUUUGCUAAUCAAAGUGAAGCAGGAAUGCAGCGUUAAAAUCGCCUUCGAUUCAAACAAGUGGAUUUUUUCGCCGCAAACUGAAAAACAAGUCAUGGCCCUAGAUAAUGGUGGUAUGAAUGUUUAUUUGGUAUAUACUGUGCAAAAAUUGAAUGCGUUUUAUGGAAUUGCCAAAUAUUUGACGUUUGACACAACACGUCAUAAAACUUCGGCGGCCAUUGAGUGGAUUUUCAAGUCUUGUGUGCCGUACAAGAGUGUCAGCCAUUUGAGGAACGCUCUGAACAAUAAUCGCUUGAUCUACGAUGGCUUGGACGGGCAGGAGAUAGAGAUGGGAGCGGCGCUGCAAUUAUGGGACCUCUAUCUUGGUCAAAAAAGACAGUGAUUUUUUCAAGUAACUGUGUUAGAAGUAUUACAUUUUUUUAAUUUGAUGUUGUGAUAUUGAUUUAUGUUUGCGAUUUUUAGAAGAUGUAUUUUUUUGUAUAAAUGAGUAACGACGUACCUUUUAGGAUAAUAAAGUUUCUUUAUUUCGUA